AUGGAGUGGUGGUGGCACAAAGUAGUUUUCCCUGUUCGGAGAGUUUGGUGCGCUGUCUCUGCUCGCGUCAAGCCUCGCAAGAAUGGUGCGGGGCUUCUGAAGCUUCACGAUGACAUCCAAACAUGUGGAUACGAGGAUGUUCAGAUCAUGUGGGAGAUGUUGAGUAGGACAGAGUCGAAAGUGGUUCCCAAAAAACAGAUGGUUUUGUAG